GUUGGGAAACCAGUUGAGCGAUAACACCUGAACAACAUUAGCAACCGUAGCUUUCGGUCUUCCUCUGCGAACAUCUUACACCUCAUCUAGCUUGCUAGUAGGCUAAAUUGUCACAUUUAGAAAAAUGAGAGUAACUUGUCAAACGCUAUUACGAUAUGUGAUGAUCACAUCUGUAUCGUUUCAUGCUGUCGAACCUUUCAUAGUUGAACUUCUUGUAGGUACCGUUGCAGCUUUUUGGGGUAGUCGGGAAAGUUGUAACCCAAAAUGGAUACAAUUCAAUUCAACAGGAUUGGAAGUAGACCUGCAGAGAAAAAUGUUUGGUCAGCAUAUACUAAAUAAUUUUAAAUUACUUUUUGUUUUCUGAGCUUUUAUUUUGAAAGGUUUUGUCAGAAAUCAACGGGAAAUGAGACUAGACUCAGCCUUCUGAAAUUGGACAUCAACCUUUGAGCAGUCAGCUGUCAGUGCCGCCGAAAGGGAAUUUCAGGAUAAUACUGUAAAUUUCAAUUAUCCGGAGGCCUGGUGACAUUGAUUGCGAGAUGAAGCCAAAAAGGGGGUCAUGGUUGUUUCUGCUGUGGACGCUGCUGAAUUUCACUUUGAUUUCAGCGAUUGAUCCUAUCAGUACCAGCAUAGCGGUUGGCAUGGCUGCCACUCUCACUGGCAUCCUAGCAAACUACAAAAGUAUUUUUUACUUAUUCCACGAAGGUUGCCGACCAGAUUGGAUCGCCUUGAACAGAUCAGGAUUGGAAGUAGACCUGCAGAGAAAAAUGUUCGGUCAGCAUAUAGCUUCCAAAGUCAUAUCGAAAGCUGUAACAGGUUUCAUGAACAAUAAGAACCCAAAGAAGCCCUUGGUCCUAUCUCUCCAUGGGUGGACUGGCACAGGGAAGAACUUCGUCAGCCAUCUAAUAGCUGAGAACAUCUACAGAGAAGGAAUGAGAAGUGGCUUUGUCCACAUCUUCACAUCCGAGCUUCACUUCCCUCAUCCAAGUCAGCUUGAGAUAUACAAGUCCCAGUUGCAGCAGUGGAUCAAGGGUAAUGUUACCAACUGCCCACGAUCCAUGUUCAUCUUUGAUGAGAUGGACAAGAUGCAGCCCGGUCUUAUUGACAGUAUCAAGCCAUACCUGGACUACUACGAAAAACUGGAUGGCGUUUCAUACCGUCAAGCCAUCUUCAUCUUCCUCAGCAAUGCUGGCGGAGAGCAUAUCACAGAGACGGCCCUGGAAUUCUGGAAGGCUGGGAGUGACCGAGAGGAGAUUAAGCUGAAAGACCUGGAGACGGCGCUCUCUCUUUCCGUGUUCAAUAACAAGAAAAGUGGCUUAUGGCACACCAGUCUGAUAGACAAGAAUCUGGUGGACUACUUUGUUCCCUUCCUGCCUCUGGAGUACAGACAUGUGGUCAUGUGUGCCAAGGCAGAGAUGGUCAGCAAGGGACUGAAGCCCGACUCCAAUAUCGCGGACAAGGUGGCGAGUGACCUUGUCUACUUUCCUAAGACUGAGAGGGUCUUCUCUGUCAAAGGCUGCAAGACCAUUGGGCACAAGUUGGACUACUACACAUAGACGUCGAGAGCCUCCAAUCGUCCAAGAGAACCUUACUGUUGCCUUCUGUUUGCACUUUCUUCUGGAAAAGUCUCAGUCGAUCCGAGUGAUGAAGUCAGUAACUGAACUCUAAUUGAGAGAGGGUUGUUACCCCUUAUAUUUACCAGCUUCCUUAUUCUCAUGUGGAGGACAUCGACAGGUGACUUUGAUCUUUGAUGAUGUUACAUCUCCAUGCAGCUAAUUCAACGAGUUACUUGAAUUAGGGAGAAAAGAAGCAAUACCAGAAGGGAAAGACUAUCCUUGGAAACAAUCGAGGUGCCUAACGAUCCCGGCUUUUAUCUACGUUUAAAUCUGAAAUACAAUUUCCUAUUUUAGAGGGGGUUAUGUCACUCUCAUGAGCGAUAAAUGAAGUGUAGUCAUGUUUUUAAAAUAAAUGGGGUAAAUGAAUUGUCAUUGGAAAAAGCACUCACAAACGGUGCAAUUUUGGUGCACUUGAGCCCUAUUUGUAUUUUGCUGGUUGAUAAUACUUUGUGUACUUUUUAUUCCAACAUGGAAAUAUAUGCCUUGAUCCUCAGGUGUGCCUGUAUGUUUGACAGAAAUCGUUAAGCAUUUCACCAGCAUACUCCUGAUCACAUUCUUUCAUUUUGGUUCUCGUCUGUUAAAUUCAGCAGGUAAUGUACACUUAAAGUCAAGACACUGGUUUUAUUUAAGAUUGUGCUAACUGUGCCUGACAUGCAGUGUAUUGUACAUGCAUAUACAUGCAGUUACAGUUAACGGCCCAAACAUUAGUAUCAUGCACUUUCAUCAAAGGCCUCUUGUAUUUGAUUUUUGUAUGAAGUUGGCAAGUUUGUUUUGGGUUAUAUUUAAUGGAUAUCAACAUGGCUAUUCUGGAUGAUUGAGGGGAUUUUUAUCAAUGCUACUGUAAGGUUUGCAUGUACCCAAAGAAAGUCAAAUUCCUGUUUUCACUCAAACCAGGUAGGAAACUUGGACCUUGUAAAGUGCUUGCUGUCAAAGCUGAGAGAGAUUGGACUGGUCAACGCACUGCAGAUUUAUCAUGUAAGGCCAGCUACUGCUUUGGGGGUUGUAUGGAAUGUGUAUUCUGUCACCUUCUGUAUCUUCCAAGCCAUUAUUGUUAAAUGAAUCUGUUAGAUGCCAAUCCACAAAGACUUGAGUGCCAAUAUACCCAAGUGAGAGCUUCUCCACUACUGUUCAUGUCUGGUCGUAAUUUGCCUAAAUCGGAAACCCAAAUAAAGCCUAGUGAUUUUU